UCGCGAGAGUCGCUCGUCGGUCUGUAGGCAAAGCUGUCAGUGAAGGUUUGUGAAGAAGGUGAAGAUUUUUUUUUUUAGUGAAAUCGUUUUGUGUCGUUGCUGUAAAACGGCGUCGAUGUUACGAGCCGUGAUCUCGUAGAAGUGUUUUAUUUUUACAGCCAGGAGAAGCAGAAAAAAACGCUUCGGAAAGCCGAAUCUCAGCGGAGAAUCCGAGCGUUUUGCAGCUUGCUAACAAUAAACAACAGGCAAAUGGCGUUGAAGAGGAUCCAGAAGGAGCUGACUGAUCUGCAGAGGGAUCCUCCAGCCCAGUGUUCAGCCGGACCUGUGGGAGAAGACUUGUUUCACUGGCAGGCUACAAUAAUGGGGCCGAAUGACAGUCCUUACCAAGGCGGUGUCUUCUUCCUCACCAUCCACUUCCCUACAGACUACCCCUUUAAACCUCCCAAGGUCGCGUUCACCACGAAAAUCUACCAUCCCAACAUCAACAGUAACGGCAGCAUCUGCCUCGAUAUCCUGCGCUCGCAGUGGUCUCCUGCACUCACCGUAUCGAAAGUUCUGCUCUCCAUCUGUUCCCUGUUAUGUGACCCGAACCCAGAUGACCCUCUAGUGCCCGAGAUCGCGCACACGUACAAAGCCGACAGAGAAAAGUAUAACAGACUAGCGAGAGAAUGGACGCAAAAGUACGCCAUGUGAAAGGAGCGCGUACGUCCGACAAACACAGCAAGCAAACGCACAGAGGAACCUGUUUUAACUUUUUUUAAACUCGAGGAGAAUGAGCGAGUGAGCGAGAGAGAGCGAGAGAGAGAGAGAGAGAGAGAGUGAUGUGGAUGAACACCGACGCUUUGGUUGUGAGGAAACAGAGAGACCCGAGGACACCACCGCACGCCGGCUGUGCGCCGGUACUCAGAGCCGUGCACAGAAACACGCACAGUCCACAAAACUCGGGACGACCACAAACCCGGGAAAUUAGACUUUUCUGACUAUUACUUUGGGGACGUUUUGUUUUCGGAGUGUUUCCUCAGUGUCUUGGAUGGCAGAACACCGGAGAUGCAGGCAGAACUCCUUCGCUCACGUGCACGCCGUCUCCGGGGUGUUUUCUUCUGUACAUAUCGCGCGCAUGCGUGCUUGUGUGUGUCUUUUUAUUUUUAUUUUUAUUUUUUUUUGUUCCUAACAGUUUACACUCAGGGGCACGGUACGCUUCAUAACCCGUUACAGUAUUAACACAAGCGGUUCCGCUUCAGGCCGGACCUCCUCUUCGUUAUUCUGUUUAUCGAAUGUUUAGAAAUAACCGAGCGGUACGUCUGUAAUCGAGAAGCUGGGACUCUGGUGUACGCGAGCACAUCUGGUUUAUUCCAGAGGAUCACGUUCAAUCACGAUUAAUACGUGUGUUAAUGUGGAUAAAACCUGUUAAUGGGGAAAAAGGAGACGAAUUAAAUUUCCGGCAGCGUGUUUACAGGCACCUCAAGGAAACGUGGCGUGUCUGUAGGUUUUAUCGUAACUUGGAGCAGAAAAAAAAACACUAAAGGAAAAAACCAUUUUUAAUGAUAUAUUAAUUGUUUUUAUUUUUGUUGUAGGUUGGAGUGUUUUCUGUUAAGUCCCUAGUUUUAGCGGUAGGUAAUAACAAUUUUGGAGUAGUUAUGAAUAAAAUACCAAUAAAUAAUUACAAUAUAAAUAUUCACCUAUCUGAAUAAUUCUAAUAAUACAAUAUAACAUACGGUUUAAAUAACGUUGGCUGCAGAUCUACAGAAAAUCUCAGAUCAAGAGUCUACAUGUGCUGAAUAAUCUGAUUAAUCUCAGAAAUUAUUCACGGAUUUCUCUUAGUAAGGGCCCUUACGUUGAGACUUGUCCGUUGGGAGGGGCUUCCUCUGUCAAUCACGGCGACACUGGCCAAUCCUGGGUGUCUGAGGUCAGGUGUGCGGAAGAGGACGGAUACCGUAUCGCACUGUUGGCGUGCGUGUAAACACGCUCUGUGAUUUGAAUUCAUUAAUCAUGUGUAAAUCUGCAGGAAAGUGAAGGUUUUGCUUUCAGACAAACGGAUUAAACUGGAUCGAAUAAGUCCGUGUUUGUGUUACAUGUGCAUGAAGGUCGUGACUCGGUAUGUAGGGUUACAGGGUUAAGGACAUUUGUACAGCCAGGCCAAGUCCUUCAUCUUCUCUCGUUCAUCACCUCACGCAGACUCUAUAUGCAUGUUAGUGCGGUAUACGUUUAGCCGAGCGUCGUCUCUUAUUUGGGGGUGGGGGUGGAGGGGUUAAGGGGUGGAGACAACCGAGGCCGAAUUCGUUCGUACGUCCGUGUGUGAAACUUGUCACCUCUCAGAUUAAGCUGAAGCAGGACUGUGAACAUACAAACACAAGCCAACUCCACCUUUUAUCACCUUUUUUCCAGAGCGCAAACUUUUAGUAACGAAUAGCCGCUGCAGUAACAUACUAGCGUAGUGACACAUGGAGGUGUAGAUGUAAUGAUUGACGUGCGAGCAGCACACGCAAGGUCUGGACUCGGAUCUGUUUCCUGUCUGUUUUGUUUUUAAACACUUAUUAACCCUGAGGUUCCUCCGAAGUGUCCUCCAGGUUUCCGGGUUUAGCCCCAACGAUUAUCUUCCGCUAGUCUCUCGUUAGUCGGUUGCUUUGAACAUUGAGCCAAGCGACAGAUUUAUUUCAUCAGUUUCACUUUGCAAACGAUGAUGCUGUAAAUCGACAAAUUGAUCCGUUCCUCAGACCGAUCCGGGGAACGUAGGACGUCUACUCUGACGCUCGAUACCUUCCCUGUCCCUUUAAAUUGAACUAAUGUUUACAGUCACCUAAAAAAAUAUGAAAGAAAAACCGCUUUGCAAGGACGCGGCAGAGAUCGUCGGUGCCUCUACAACAUUGCCGUUAGCAUGCUUAGCUAAUCUGUCAACGUAGCUAAUUCAAAGCUGAGCAACCGGACGUUAACGAAAGACACGAGCGACGUAUCGCGUGCUAGUUUGAACGUAGGUUUUUAAUCUUCGGAAUCUAGGGAGAAAAAUAAACGUGCUGCCUUCGAAAAACCUGUUUAACGAGAAAUGGCGACGACGUGUCACCUUAAAAGCGAUCUUUUCUUCAUUACGGUUGUUCAUAUUUCCUCACAAAUCAGUUUAAUUUAACCUAAAUCCAUCUUUUAUUAACGACUUCUUGCACUCUUUCUGAUUGACGUUUAUCGGUUUGGAGAACGUCGAUCCAUCAGUCAUCGCUACCAUAGACUGGAUUAGCCAAUCAGCUUCACUCAGUGACUGUAGCUGAUGUAGUAAACAUAUCAGGUGUCUGUUGGUUGGUGUGGUGUUGUUUUUUAACCCGUCAUCAUCAAAUCCUGGAACUGGAACAUUGUGGUGUUUUUCUUUAUGCUCUUUGUUUGUUUUUGUUUUGUUUUUUUUCUUCUCGCAACCCGAGCCGCUGACUUGAUGUCUCUGGUGGUUUGGGAUAAAAACACGUCGUCCUUAUGAUCGUCUGUUACCUCAAACACUAGACCUUGAAUUGUUCAUGUGCAAAACAAAUGGUUUUGGUAGUUUUGAAGCAUCACAGGGCCAAACACGUCACGUGCCACGUCUCAACCCCAGUCUGAGGAAAAUCCGUGCUCGUUUUCAACUACCACAAGCUCCUACGAAUAUUGCCGAGUUUAAUUUUUUGGGAAUCGGAAGAAACCUAAUAAAACAUCACGCACAAAAUACCCAACCAAACGUGUCUUGUGGCAAAAAAAAAAUCUUCUGAAGACAUGUUUCUCAUUUCAAGGUUUGAAUAUUAAUGAUGUGACCAAUCGCAUCAAUAAGAGUGUUUUCUCCAAUUUUCAGUGGAUUUGGGAGAUAAUUCUUUCCCUAAGUGUUUGUGCCAAUCCUGGUGCCAGAUUGCGCCACCUUCUGUAUUCCGUUGAACACCACAUGCUGUAUGUCCACCUGUCAGUUUGUACAUCACCAUAACAGACUGGAUUUGUGAUCAUCCUGCAUUGAUCCUCGGUCGUUUCCUCGUCGGAUCCGCGUUGUUCUGACGAGGGCCUCGAUAUAAACUUUUCAUUUUUUAAUGCAUUCAUUAACACUAAUAACUAAAAGUAUGUGCACCUCUGACCGUUACACACGUACUUCCAUCUCCACGGCAUCUCUCUGUACACUCUCACGUUAUGACCUGUUUCACCAUGAUGAUCAUGAGCUCCAUAAAGACAUGGUGUGGAGGUGAAGGUUAGAGUGGAAGAACUCGAGCGUCCUGCACGGAGCUCUGACUCUGACUCAACCCCGCUGAACACCUUUGGGAUGAACUGGAACUGGAGUCUCCUAAACAUCCCAACAUCAGUGUCUGAUCUCAUUAAUGCUCUUGUUGAUUAGACACCAAUCCCACAGCCAUGCUCCAGCAUCUAGUGGGAAGCCUUUAGAAAAGAGAAGCUUGGGAAAGGGAGAGUCGAUCUGGGACGGAUCUGAACGUGAUUGGUCGGGUGCACAAACUUUUGCUCACGUAGUCGACAUCAAGACUGAAUUGUUUGUUUUCUGUUCGUGCGUCUUUUUCACUGAACGCAUUGUACGUUUUUUUUUUCUUUUCUGAAUGUAUCUAAACGCAGUUUCUGUCUUGAUUGUUUGCUGCUUUCUUGUUUGUUUGUUUUUUCCCCAGUUAACGAGCCUGGAAUUUUUUUCUGUCCCCAGACUGUACUUUGUCUUGGUUUUAUAGUUUGUUGCUGUUGUGUUUAUUUAUUGAUGUAUUUAUUUGUCAUCGAAAUAUCCGUUACAGUCAGUCGUGACGUGACGUGUUCCUCUCCGAUCGGGCUUCGGACCUCAAAACAGCGGAUCAGUACAGACAUGCUUUGCACUCUUCAUACAAGCAUAUCAGGGAUCUUCUUCUCUAUGCGCUCAUCAUCAUCAUCAUCAUCAUCAGUCAAAUCUAGCCUUAACCAUCACUGUAUUUCCACCAGAACUGUACUGUAACACCUUUUUCUUUUGCCCUCUGCAGAGACAGACGCACACACUGAGCCGUGCUAACCGCUCCCGGCUAGGUGUUUUGUUCUGAACACUCGUUUUAACCGGAGCGACGAUCUCCUCUAGCUCUUGGAACUGCUGAAACGAUCCUCAGAAGUGUUGACAUUAGUGAAUAAAGGUUUUAGACUUUC